AUGCAAUCCUCAGGAGCUUCCGAGUUCUACUGCCAACCACCGCAACCUCUGGCCGACUUCAAAAACAGAAACCGCCUGCACCGCAUCCUCAACGGCUGUCCUUCACGCGCACACUCGCAUCCUGGCGCCAGAGUAACAGGCUCCCACAGCAGUCCCCGCCCACGACCGAGGCUGCCGCAUCAUUGGGCUCACCCAGCUUCAGAUUCGGAAUCACAACAACCGACGAAAAUGGCUGCUGCUACUCCCACUCUCAAGCACAGUGUCUCGACAGAUACAAACCUCUCGUCGGGUGUAGAGGACACGCCAGCCACCUCUACAGGCUUCCUCACGCCCAAGACAAAGGCCACAGCACGCAAGCCGCACAGUGAAAAGGUGAAUGGCGCCGGCGUCACCACCAACGGCACCUACGAUGACCUUGUUUCUUCCGAACCGUACCCUCCGCUAGAGCUCGACUAUACUGCCGAUGAUCACGAAAAUUCGGGCUGGCGAGCUGUCGGCGUUCGCUUUGCGCCGUUCAAGAUCCCACUCAAGCGCCGCCUACAAACUGCGGCUGUGCUAUUCCACUGCAUGGGCAUCGUUGUCUUUCUCUCUAUUUUCUGGUUUACCUGCGCCAAUCCGCUCUCGUGGCCAUUCCUCAUUCCUUACCUCAUUUACUUGACUUUUUCUUCUGCUCCUACCGAUGGCAAGCUGGCUCGUCGCUCAGAGCGCAUUCGCAACCUGCGCCUCUGGAAGCUCUUUGCCGGAUACUUCCCUCUUCACUUGCAUAAGACGGCCGACCUCGAUCCCAGCCGCCGCUACAUUAUGGGAUAUCACCCGCACGGUAUCAUUUCCCAUGGCGCUUGGGCAUCUUUUGCCACCAAUGCGCUUGGCUUCAGCGAGAAGUUCCCCGGCAUCACAAACUCCCUGUUGACUCUCGACUCCAACUUCCGCCUUCCCUUUUUCCGCGACUGGAUUCUCUCGAUGGGCAUUAGCUCUGUCUCUAAGGAAUCUAUUCGCAAUCUUCUAAGCCGCGGCGGCCCCGAUAACGAUGGUAAGGGCCGUGCCGUCACCAUUGUCAUUGGCGGUGCUCGCGAGUCUCUCGAGGCCGAGCCCGGUCACCUGCGACUAAUUCUCAAGAACCGCAAGGGUUUCGUCAAGAUGGCCCUGCGCAGCGGCGCGGACCUUGUCCCCGUUAUGGGCUUUGGCGAGAAUGAUAUUUACGACCAGCUCAGUGCCAGAACUCACCCCGGCGUCCAUCGCUUCCAGAUGUUCUGCCUCAAGGUAUUCAAGUUUACGCUUCCUGCUAUGCACGGCCGUGGCCUGCUGAACUACGACGUUGGUCUGAUGCCCUACCGCCGACCGGUUAACGUGGUUAUUGGCCGCCCUAUCCGUGUACAUACCCAACCUGGCCACCAGCCUACUCAGCAAGAAAUCGACCGCUACCACGAGGCAUACGUACAGGAGCUCGAGAAGCUCUGGAACAGCUACAAGGAUGUGUUUGCCGCGGGCCGCGUAAGCGAGUUGGAGUUUAAGGAGGAGUAA